AAUGAUUCUAUGAGAAAUAUGAGAAAUUUAUUCUACGCUUUUCUUUCUUCUUUUUGCUACUCUUUUUGCUUUUAUUAUUUGUUGUCUACAUAUUCAUUGCAACGGAAUCAUGUCUGGUACUACUCAAAAUUGUCAUGUUCUCGCUGAUUUCAGCAUUAUUCCUAUGGGUGCCGGAACUAAUACCACAAAGUACAUAGUCGAGUGUCAAAAGGUUUUGCUAGAUUCUGGCUUGAACUUUAACUUGCACGCCAAUGGAACCAACUUAGAGGGUAACUAUGAUCAGGUGAUGUGUGCUGUUCGUAAGUGUAUUGACAAAAUGCACGAAAUGGGUGCUCCUCGUUGCGACACUAAUAUUCGUCUUAACACUCGUACCGAUAAGAGCGUCACUAUGCAAGACAGUAUUCGUGUCGUUACUGAUAAGAUCGCUGCAGAGACUAAUGCUAAUGUCUAGAGAAACAAUUUUUUAAGAUCGUGAUGAAUGAUUAUUUUUUCAAUAAUUUAGUUUUUUCAUUUUAGGAUUGUAUAUAUUGUUCAUAAUCGCAAUUUUUGAUACACAAAUUAAAGAUCAAAUAAAGCUUUUUAUCAAAAAAAUUUCGGAUUUUCCGAGAUUCA